CAAGUUGAAGGGGAUGCCCCGGUCCGAAAAAGGAAUUCGAAUGGUAUGUCAACUUGCCAUAGGGUGCAUACUCGGAGUGCGCGCAUGAAAUGCCCCGCCAUUCGAAGGACAAUGCUCGGAGAGACAAAAACGCGACUACGAUUAGGACCACAUGCCCUUCCCCGAAACUGUUUCCAAACGGCUUUUCGAGUGAGUGAGUCAACGCCAAGCGGAGUCGAAAUUUUGCGUUCAUUGGAACCGCGAGAAAGGACGGAACAUGUGAAAUAAAAACAUGGCAAAUGAUUUUGCGGCUCGCGAAUUUCAUGUGUUUUUGUAAAAUACCCUCAAGUAUUUCGCGAUUCCCAAGAACAUUCGUGUGCCACCGCUCCGGUGAGUUUAUGGGACUGGGAACGCUCGUUGCACAUACCGCACAGCCCCAAACGCUCCGCACCCCACGCACGGAGACAUACAGAACCAGCAUCGCUGUGUUGUGGGACCAAUCGCAACCCACAGUGCCAAGCGAAGCGAAGCCCUUGGCGUUGUUGUUCCACCGAGGAACCAGACCCACCCGCGACAGCGCUUGCCACACGGUAGGCCCUCCGAACACCGCGUCAUGCAGGAGUUUGACGAGAUGCACAUCAGCCGGAGGGAUCCCGGCACACCGACAAAGUUCAAGCGGAUGCCGGUGAAAAUGACCGUCGACAGGUCCAGGGCGAUGAAGGCCCACCAGGUUGGUGCCGUUGCCGGCGGCCGGGUGAGCGGAUCCUUCGUGUCCUCCUCCUCCUCCUCCCUGUCCUCCUCUCUGGGAAGGGCGGCGCUGCAGACCCUCACCGGGAGCAACUGCAGCCAGAGCAGCAGCGACACGAGGACCUCCCGGUUCAACAACCGACCGAUCUACGGGAGUCCCAUGGUGGCGGCGAGAGACUGUUUCGAGCGGGCCGGAGGGUCCCGCAGUGUCAGCGGCAACGGAAGCGAGGGAACCGCGGAGACCUCCGUCCGAGACGACCUGGAAGCCAAGGCCGAGGCCGUUGCGGCCAUGUUUGGGACCGGAAGCCCGCAGGAUCCUACCGGCAGCGUAGGGACAAGGGACGAUGGACCAAGCGAUAGCAAUGGAAAUGGCAAUGGCAACGGCGACGACAAGAACGACAACGGCAACGGCAACCACCGCAAGGGAUCGGCCAUGAAGCGACUCCAGGCCAGUGCGACGAGCCGGAUAGAAAGUGCGAAAGACAUACUGGAGCGCCGCCUGAAAAAAAUCGAUUCGCAGUUCUUCAGGGAGAACCCGACCCACAAGGUUCCGAGAUUUGUUCCAAACGGUGCGUGGCUGUGUAUAUCGAAGAUAUUGGGAUUGAUUUGUGUGUCGAUGCGGCUGCCAUUCUCGGAUUUUGGUUGCGUGCGAUUUUUUACCCGGAAGGUGCUCUCUUGUAGUACCAACACUCUCACCUCGUUCCAAACCCUUUUGUUCCGGGCUGCACGAUUGCGGAAACACCAACUUUUGCCACGCGUGACUUGAAUUUGAACGGUACAGAACUCUCACUGGGGGAUCAACUCGGAGAAGGUGAAUUUGGUUCGGUCUACGAAAUCGAAUCCCUCGAGCGACAAGCACCACGAGUAAGCCUCACCGACGACGGGUUUGCGAUUAUUCUCGAGGAGGAAAUCGGCGACGACCAGGAGUGCGGGAAAGGGAAUGACCAAGAUGUGGACUGCGAUCCCACACAAAACCAGAGACUAUCCAGUGGUUCCUCGCACGGACCCGCGACCGCCUCCCUGACGGUACCGAUUCCCACCGAUUUGAUUGUGGACAAGGGCAACCUCGAUGGCUAUCUUUUGAGACGGAUCGAAUUGCUCCAGGACCAAGAAAACGACAAUGUAACCCCAACCAUUUUAGAGAAAAACAUACAGCCCUCCAACAAACCCCAGGUUUACGACAACAACGAGCUCAACGAAUACUGUAACCAGCAUCUGAUAAACGACAACGGAAGCAGCGAAGAGGACGAUGGGAGCGAAAGCCUCCACUGUCCCGCUCGGCGAAGGCCCGCGAUCAAGCUCAAGGACAAAAAGGGCCAGAUGAUCAAACGUCAGAACAACAACAACGCCACCAAUAACUUUGAAGGAUACGCCGUCAAGGUUGUUCGAGACGACAUUGCUACCGAACGAAAGAAACGUGUUGCGGCCGCCGACAUGGCAACCGAAGCCAAGAUAUUGUCGGCGCUCUCGCAUCCCAACAUUAUGAGAAUCCGAGGAAUCAUGGGGUACAUCGAACGGCCCGGGAACUACGGAAUCAUCAUGGACAAACUGCGGUCGACGCUGCAAGACCAAGUCAAAACAUGGGCCAGAGUCACCUCGGAGGACAAGGUCCCGCGGGCGGCUCCAGAAAAGCAACCCUUCUUGGAGCACGUUCCGAAAUGGAUGCUCCUCCGGCCGGAAUCCAGGGAAAAACAGACGCAGCUCUUUCGACAGAUGGAGUUUUUCACCGAGCGCAUGGAAGCCGUGUCCGACGUGGCGCAGGCCCUGAAAUAUCUCCACGAGAAAAAGAUUGUCUUUCGCGAUUUGAAAACCGAAAACGUCGGCCUCACCGCCGAGGACAAGUAUGUCCUCUUUGAUUUCGGUUUGGCGCGCUAUCUCACGGACGACGACCGGGUCGAAGGCAAGGAAGACCAGUACCAUGCCACCGGAUUGACCGGAAGCCGGCUAUUCAUGGCGCCGGAGGUGGCACUGUGCAAGCCUUACGGCUUUUCCGCCGAUGUCUUUUCCUUUGCCAUUUUGUUUUGGGAGGUCAUGUCACUGAAAGAGGUCUUUCCGAAGAUGACGAUGAACAAGCAUUUCCAUCUGGUCAUGGUCAAGGGUCGACGACCUUCCACGAUGGAGCACAUUUUGCCCAGCGAGCUGAACCAGAUGAUGGUGGACUCCUGGGAUGCCAAUCCUCUCGAACGGCCCACUUUUGAAUCCAUUUGCGAUAUUCUAGCCCACGAAAUCGAAAAGUACCACAGUGGUUCUCGCAACGACGGUUCUUCGUUUCGACUGCAAUCCCUGAUGUUCAGCCGGCACGAAGAAGCCAACGCCGCAGAAGACGACGACGAAGGAAUCUUGUCUGCAAAGGAAUUCAGCAAGUUCGACGGAUACGACGAUUACGGCGAGUUCAACGAGGACGACUCCGGCGACGAGGAUUCGAACAUAUCACACCACACGAGAAAACCAAAAUUUUCUAUCUCCAGGACACUGCAUUUGGCGCAGGUCGAGGAUGCCUUUGAGAAAGUAAAAGAAACCUUUGACCACAAGCUUCUGAGCAACCUUGGUUCCCCCAGCGACUCGUGCUCGUCCUCUAGAAAGAAUGCCGUCGACCAAAAAUCAUCUGCGAACCAUCGAAAGACAACACUGUUUUAACAGCAAAAAGAACAAGAAACUUCGGCAUGGUGUUCUUCCUCGACACUUCACUCGCUAAUUUACUCAUUCACUCGAACAGCCAUAUAGAAAGCCACGAAUUACCAAUCAUACACCAAGAACGACGAUGUGAGGAUUGUACGAUUCUCGAACUUUGUCAAUUUUAGAAGUCUUAACAAAUAAAUAUAUGAAUAACAA